AUGUACCUCAUAUCCAAGAUUUGGCUUGGAUAUGGGCUCAUUUCGGUUUUCUUCUCUGCAUUUCUUGUCUUUGUUAUAUAUACCAGUCCACUUUCCAAUCAAUCCUUCUAUCGUCUCAUCGUAAUUCAUCUGGUAAUUGUCAUCCUAAGUUGGAUAAAUUCAUGGCCAACUCGAGUCGUUUGGACUGAAGAUGCACCAUAUUUCGCUAAAGCUCUCUAUGACCACACUCCAAGACUGUUUAGCUUGUUUAUGUUUCUCGGAAUCGCAUUUUGUCAUAUCCAAUCGUGGAGUUCUAUCGUGAUCUGUGUGAAUAGAUUGAGAACUGCAAAUCCAGAGAAAUACGAGGAGAGAAACAAGUGGUGGAAUCGUUGGUUUAUUCUGAUCUAUAUAAUUGUUAUAGUCUUGUCUCUACUUGCUGCCCACUAUUUGGCCAUUACUCCAACUGUUCGAUUUUAUGAGGAAACUGGAAAAUUUGGUUAUGUUAUAUGGGAUCUGGCGGAUGGAAUCAUGCAAAUUUUCUUUCUCGUAGUUUUCCUCGGUCUUUAUAUUCUGAUAAGUCUUAUCUUCGGAUGCAUCGCAGUCUGUAAAAUCAAAAAACAUCAAGAUGGAGAAUUUCAUCACUCGUCACUGGUCACUCUCGUUCACAUUUUCCUUCGUGUAUUCUGCCUCACUCUUCUUCUUUGCUCAUUCCUUUUACAAGUUGAAGACUUCACAGUGGAAAUGAUGAUCACUAUUUUUGAUUUAAUGACCUUCUCCAUGACAUACAUUAUUUUGUUCUAUGAUGAGAGUGUUCGAGAGGCUAUUAGAAGCUCGUGUACUUCCGGAACCGUCGAUGGGAGAUAA